UGCUGUGAGCGGUGGAUGCGAGGUGGGAAAAUUCAUUCUAUCGUGUGUCUGCUAACCUGUAACAUAAACAUGAUUGUCAGAAGAAGUUUGUAGCUUUACAGAGUAUAUGACACACAGAGACACUCUUCAGUUAUUCGUUCAUCUCCGGAAAUGAUGUGCCCUAUACCCCUUCUGGUAAAGUAGGUCUAUCUGCAGGUGCACAGUACUACAGAGCGUGACGACUACAUGACACACGACUCAAAGCGCUCACAGUUUGAUCACCAAAAGAUUAUUUACAGAGGCGCAGGCCUCAGCAUCCCUGCGUGUGGAGGCCGAAAGCCCCUGGGUGAGCACAGAAUACAAACCAAGACUGUGAGUUUCUCUGGGAACUCGCAGCUCACCUGUAGUGCAGCAUGAAGAUUGCUGUAGAAGGCUGUUGCCAUGGGGAGCUGGACAAGAUCUACGAGACAAUUGCAUACCUGGAGAAAAAGGAAGGGGUGAAAGUGGACCUGCUGCUUUGCUGUGGAGACUUCCAAGCCGUGCGAAAUGAAGGAGACAUGAAGUGCAUGGCGGUACCAGCCAAGUACAGAUCGAUGCAGACCUUUUACAAGUACUAUUCUGGAGAGAAGAAGGCUCCAGUCCUGACCAUCUUCAUUGGAGGGAACCAUGAGGCUUCCAACCACCUGCAGGAGCUGCCUUAUGGAGGCUGGGUGGCACCAAACAUUUAUUAUCUGGGUUAUGCUGGUGUUAUUCGCUACAAAGGCAUUCGAAUCGGUGGCUUGUCUGGAAUCUUCAAAUCACGUGACUACAGAAAGGGUCACCAUGAAUUCCCUCCGUACAAUCCUGACACGCUUCGAAGUGUAUACCACAUCCGAAAUGUUGAGGUAUUCAAAUUAAAACAGAUCAACAUGCCCAUAGACAUUUUCAUGAGCCACGACUGGCCUCGUGGAAUCUACUACUAUGGGAGUACGGGGGAACUGUUGCGAAAGAAGAAAUUUCUGCGUCAGGAAGUGGAGUCCAACACUCUGGGAAGUCCUGCUGCUGAGGAGCUGCUAGCUCACCUCCAGCCCAGCUACUGGUUCUCUGCACAUCUUCAUGUGAAAUUUGCUGCUGUUAUGCAGCAUCCGCCUAAAGGUAACGCCCCCCCACGUGUAACAAAGUUCCUGUCCCUGGAUAAAUGUCUGCCCUACAGGGAAUUCCUACAGAUUGUGGAUGUUCCAGAGAGACCGGGUUCAUCUGAGGGUCUGGAGUAUGAUCCAGAGUGGCUUGCGAUCCUGAAGGCCACCAACAGUCUACAAAGGACCACCCCACACCCCUGGAACCCCCCAGAGAACAAUGGCCUGCACGAGCGGUGGGACUUCAGAGCUUCAGAAGCAGCUAUGAUGGAGGUGGUGGAGGAUUUCAACGGUGAACUCACCAUUCCAGACAACUUUAGCCGGACUGUGCCACCCUACGACCCCAACAAGCCCCAGCCCCAUGCCAGCCCCAGCUGCAACACCAACCCUCAGACCACAGAGCUCUGUGCCACGCUAGGCCUCACAGACAUCUACGCCCAGGCUGGGCAGGGAGGAGAUGACCUGGGGAGAGUUCAGGGCAGUAUCGUAGGGGAGGAGGAGGAUGAUGAAGAUAGACACAGUGUAGGGAGUGUGGACGAGCCCAGCGAGUACCCGAGCGACACUUCGGGAUUGUCAAGCUCGUUUAAUCCCGACGAAAUCACGAUAGAGGAUGAGUGGGAAGAAGAGGAGGGAGAGAAGGGAAAGGAGGAGGUUGAAGGGAGGUCGAACGCAGCAGUAAAGGGAGAUAAGCUCUCUAAUGCACCUGUAGGUGAGUUUAACACCGCCAGCCGGAUGGUGCUGCCCGAGCCCAAAUCUGAGGCCUCACCCACUCGUCUGUCCAACAUCAUGAACCUGCCGCCCCCCUUCCACUCCACCCCUGCAGUAGCCCGGCUUCAGCCUGGAGCAGAAGAGGAAGGACAGUGCGAGGGCGACGAUGAGGAUGCCACAGCUGUACGUAUGCUAAAACGUACCAGCGACGAGACCGGGGAUCCUGGCAGCAGAGGCACAACACCCAGAAUCAAACGCAGGAACCAGGUCAUCUAUACAGCAGCGGAGGAUGACGAGGGUGAGGAUUAGAGGUCAGGGUGAGAGAAAGCAGAAGGCAAGGACCCAUGAGUGUAAUUCUCCGUCAGUUUAUCAGUUCUGUUCAUGUUCAGUAUAGAAUCCAAAAUCAGAAGAAAAACACAAAAAACACGAACAAAUAAUAGUUCAUUUUUUGUACUUUAGAUUUUACACUCAAGUCAAAAAGAGGAAAUGAACAAGCUUUGAUUUUUAUCUUAAAAUUUAAAUAUUUGGGCUCUAUGCGUGUACUGGGAUGGGAAUGGGAAUGUUUUUAAGAUUUUUCAAUAUCAAAAUGAUUCAGCGAUAGUUGUCAGCAGAAAUGAAAUGUUAUAGUUAAUUGGGCAAAUUUUAUUUGACAAAAUGUAAAGAAAUCACUACUCACUGAAUCCACAUUAUACAUUAUUAUACUGCUAUUUCUUGUUCAUCUGACUUGUAACAUUUUCCAAAAGACUUGCUGAUGUUCAUAUUAAUUUCAUGAAAUCAGGUUGACCCAGUCAGUGUAUUUGCUGCAAAGUGAGUGAUCAAUUCGAACACAUACUCGAUUUUAUGCUCAAAUCAAAAGUACGAAAAAGUAUUAGUUGCGUUGGAUUGAUAAAUGAAUAACGACAAGGAAUCUUUUUUUUUUCUGAUUUUGGACUCCCAAUUGAACAUGAAAAAAAAGGAAUGAUACAGGGAUUGUACUGAUGUACAGAUUUACUGUCUGCCUUUUCUGCAGCUACUGACAUGAGCUGUACAAGCAUAAAAUCCGGCAUUAUUAAAAUGUCCUAAAAGCAGACUGUACAUGACAAAAGAGCAUUUCUGGAUUUAGUUUCUACAGAAAGGUGGUUAUAGCUAUGUUGUCUCUUUGUUAAAAUAUGAUUUUUAUAUAUAUUUUAAUCUAACCGACAUAGAAUUUUAGGAAACAUUUCUGUUUUUUUAUACAUGUCAUUUCAAGACAACAGCAAUGAUUAAAGAGGCUGGAAAAUUAAAA